GCACAUGAUUUAGCAAAGAAAAUAAAGACUGACAGCAAAAGGAAGAGCGAGAGCGAGCUUACUGUCAUACGCAUGGCGGCCUCAGUCAUGGCUUCUACGGCUUUGAAACCAUCUCCAUCUCCAUUUAUCGGGCAGCCGCGGCUCCGAGCCAUCCAGCCUUCAGCAAGAUCACCAUCUUUCAGAGUAAUGUCCAAAAAGGCAAAGAAGGUCCAGACUUCUCAGCCUUUCGGGCCUGGGGGAGGAUUGGAAUUGAAAGACGGUGUUGAUGCAUCGGGAAGGCCAGCCAAGGGGAAAGGUGUCUACCAAUUUGCCAGCAAGUACGGAGCAAAUGUUGAUGGGUACAGCCCAAUAUAUAACCCAGAAGAAUGGUCUCCAAGUGGUGACUUCUAUGCUGGAGGAAAGACGGGGUUGUUGCUCUGGGCAGUCACUUUGGCUGGAAUUCUGCUGGGUGGUGCACUUCUUAUCUACAAUACUAGUUCUUUGGCUUCUUAAAUCCUAGGAGCAACAAACCUAAGCAUGUAGCAUACAAGGAUUACACAAUCUAAAAUAGAUAUUCGCUCACCUAUGUUCCUAGACUAAUUACCAUAUGUGAAUAAAAAUCCAUAAGUAAUUAAUGUUCUUAUUUGUUGUGCAA